AUGCCACUAAUUUACGCACUCGCUGCCCGAGGCAGCGUGGUCCUCGCUGAGCACUCAGACAUGGAGGGGAACUUCCCCACGGUUACUCGGCUUCUUCUCUGCAAGCUACCCACCAAUCAAAAAGAGAGAAUGUCUUACAUCUACGACCGCUAUGUCUUUCACUAUGAGGUGAUUCGCGGCAUCACGUUCCUCACCAUGGCAGACGAGGCGGCGGGGUUUGCGCUUCCCUUUGCUUUUUUGGAAGAUUUCGCCAAGUCCUUUCUCGCAAUGUACGGAGCGACUGUGAACACGGCGAUCGCACUGGCGAUGCAGAAUUCGUACGGACCCAGACUGAAGGAUCUCAUGGACUCGUUCAACGAGAACCACCAGGCGGAGGCCAUGGGUCGGUUGCGCAUGCAGAUUGACGGCAUUCACAAUGUGCUCAUCGACAACAUUGAUAAAAUCUUGCAGCGAGGCGAGCGCAUCGAUAUCCUCGUCGACCAGUCCGAGCGCCUAAAUCAAGAAAGCAUGCAGUUUCGGAGGCAGGCCCGACGACUGAAAAACGCUCUGUGGUGGCGGAGCGUGCGCGUCGGCCUCAUGUUUCUCCUUCUCGUCGCGCUGCUCGCGACAAUCAUCGGCAUGAUUUCCUGCGGCGGCGUCACCUUCCCCUCCUGUCGCAGUUCCUAG